GAGUUCCAGCCAUUUUUCUUCCUUGAUGUUGUAGGCACAGAGAUUUUCCUCUUGGCUGUAAUGGCAUAUGACCGGUACGUUGCAAUAUGCCAUCCACUGCAGUACAUGACUAUCAUGAGUAGGAAGCCGUGUGCUCACCUGGCCACUGGCAUCUGGGUAGCAGGGCUGUUAAACUCCCUGUUGCACACAUCUUUGAUUUUUACACUCUCUGUUUGUGAUUCUAAUGAAGUUGACCAAUAUUACUGUGAUAUCCCUCCCAUGCUGGCCCUCUCUUGCUCAUCUACUUACAGUAGGGAACUGGUAGUUCUCACAGUUGCUGGAGCCAUUGGGGGCAGCGCCUUUGCCGUCACUCUGGUCUCAUAUAUCUACAUCCUGUGGACUAUCCUAUGCAUGAAGUCUCCUGAGAGCAGGCACAAAGCCUUCUCCACCUCUGGGUCCCACUUGACAAUGGCAGUAUGUCUCUUCUAUGGAACCACCAUUUUCCCAUAUGUGUGGCCUUCCUCCACCUACUUGCCUAAUCAGGACAGGAUAGUUUCCGUGCUCUAUGGAAUCCUCACUCCCCUGAUAAAUCACUGCUGGGUCACCUACACCGACGUGGUCUGGCCGCUAGGACCCCGGCCUGCCCCGAGGCCGCGGUGGCAGCCGCUGAACCUGCUGAGUCACGCUAGACCAGCAGAAGAGAUGCGGAAGGGCGGAGCGUGA